AUGUGGCGAAGUAAAUUCUCUUCGGAAAACAUACGAUCAACUGGUCAGUGGAAAGGUCAAGAAAGAACGGGCAAAGACAUUAUUCAGUUGUACAACAACGAAUGUAAAGCCCAGAGGGAAAGACACAGAAAAAUUCUUGAAAUACAGAGAAAAGCGAGACGAAAGGACGAACCUAAUCGCAAAUUACUGGAAUUACAAGCGAAGGCUGCGGAAAUACGACAAAAUUCUCAGACGAAAGCAAGCGUUAUUAAAUUGCCACCUAUACCGAUCCAGAGCCAAACCGUAGUUACGCGAAGAGGAAUUUACAAGCAAACUGCCGUAAUGGGAACAGAUGAACACUUUUUACCCAAUAUUGGUGUCAUCAACAAUUCAAGGGUUAUAACGACAAACCGCGGCGUUACAAAGAAGUCGGAUCCGUCGCGAGAUCCGAGAUUUCAAAGUUUAAUUGCAUGUUUGUUGACCAGCGAAGAAUAUUUUGGUGACUUGCAGAGGUAUGCUCCUCCUAGGAAGGAGAUUGCUAGACAAAAGCGUGUAGGAUUAAGCUUCUGA